GACCAUAUGGAUCUUCGUAUCCCUUCAAAGACAUUAAUGUUCAUGCAACAGAGAACCGCCGCUUCUCCUCCGUCCUCCGCUGCGGAGAUAAAUUUGCUGGCCACCGCCUGAGGUUUUAGCUCCGCCGUUAGAGAGAGAGAAAAUGAGCGGCUCCAUCAGAUUCCUGUGCCUCUUAUCUCAUCCUUCUCCUCUCCUUCGCUGCCGCUUUUUCGGCAGCCUAACCACCGUCCGCCGUCUCCACCGUCGUCGCUGCUCUCUUUCCUCCGACGGUUCCUGCGACCACCAUCCUCUCGGUUUCUCCGGGUCGGGUUCUUCUCCGCCGAUUAUCCCUACAGUCAUUCCCCUCCGGCGAUUCCAUAAUCACUGUCCCCGUUUCUCCACCUCUGGUUCCGCAUCUAUCCACUAUCAUCCUUGGCCCGAGUGGUCGGAGUUCCUCCGUGUUCUCUCCGAGGCUGGGUAUUUUUCGGAUUCCCCGUGGAACUCCGGAGACGAAAACGAAUUCGCCCCUAGUUUUCCGGAUGAACUCAUCGGUCCAGCUCGCGCUUGCUUAGCCCUGGCUCGUGAUCGACCGAACCUGCUUUCAAUGGUUUCGAGGAAAGAUGUCGAAGUGGUGGUGGAGAAUGUUACGCCAUUUCUAUUCAAGAACGGCGAAGACUCCGUGAGGAAGAUGAGGCAUUACCUCAACAGUGGCGCUCAUGGCACUGGUAAUACACUAGAUAUGGAUAAAGCAACCAUGGUGGAUUUGAUGAGGUAUCUCUUGAGUUAUGUUGGGUACUAUGCUUCUUCUGAGAACCAUAACCAAGGAGUCACUGAGUUAUCUGUUUGGAGCCUUUUGAGGGAGAUAACGAAGCUGAGCUUCAGUACUCCCGAGUUUGAUGCCUCUGGGAUGGUACAAAAUCAGUUCCGAGAUAGACAUGAACAAGCACCAAGGUCCUUGCAACAAAACAUUACGAUGAAACGAGGUGACUGGAUCUGCCCAAGGUGCAAUUUCUUGAACUUUGCAAGAAACAUCAAAUGCCUUGAAUGUGAGGAAGCAAGACCAAAGAGGCAGCUAACUGGUGGCGAAUGGGAGUGUCCACAAUGUGACUUUUACAAUUAUGGAAGGAAUACGGUCUGCUUAAGAUGUGACUGCAAGAGACCCGGUGGUAUUGUGCUGAAUGAAUUCAACUCUGGGUAUUCAAACAAUCCUGAACUUGGGAGAAGAUUGGCUGAAAAUGAAGAGAAAGCGGGUAGAUGGUUUAGUAAAGUUUCCCAGCUAGAAAGCGCUUCCGAUGCAAGCAGUGCUAUAGCAGAUGAUGAUUUUCCAGAGAUCAUGCCAUUGAGGAAAGGAGUAAACAGAUUUGUUGUAAGCACGAGGAAGACGCCCCUUGAGAGGAGGUUAGCUGACGCUGGGAACAGAGUUGAGACAGGUGGCUAUGGGACAGGAAGUGAGAACAAGACUCUGGAAACUAAAACUAGCAGGAACUUAGAUGAGAUCCUUGGCUCUUCAUCCUCUGCUACUUCUGGAUCCGAUGAUAAGAAUGUUUCUUCCAGACAGUUUGGAUCUUCUCGGGCGAGUAAUUCCGACUUUGUCCCCUUUGUGCCACUGCCUGCAGACAUGUUUGCAAAGAAACCUGAGAAGCUAGAUACUGAGAAAACACAGAUGGAUUUGUUGGAUAAUGAUCAAUCUGGCAGGAAAGUGGACAGUGUCUUAGAUACCAAUCAAAAUUUUGGUCAAGUGGAGAGCUCAAAGCUCUCUGGCGAACAAAUUGAUCAAUUUGAGACGCAAGGAGAGAAAGAGAAAGAGCAGGAGGAAAAAUCUGCGAGGUGGUUCAAGAGGGUCACGGAAUUGCACGGUGUUUCUGAUUUGGAUAAAAUCCCGGACGAGGAUUUUCCCGAUAUAAUGCCGAUGCGGAAAGGAGAGAAUCGGUUUGUGGUGAGCAGGAAGAAAGACCGCUCCUUGACUUCUCCAGCGUACAAGAGAAAGAUGGCAAUGGAACAAGCAAAAGACUCGAACUUUGUCCCCUUUGUCCCGUUUCCACCUGGUUAUUUCGCCAAACAGAAACAACCCGAGACUGUGAAUCACGUUCCAGAAGCUUCUGGUAAAAACCCAGCUCCCACGGCCGGCAAUAAUGACGAAAACUUUUCCCAGGUGGAACUGUCAAAGCCCUCGAGCCUAAAUCCUGCCCCUUCUGCAACAAGGAAGGGAGACAGUUCCAACAAUGUGGUCGGAACCACUGAAGACACGAAACCCAGAAGCAGCUGGAACGGGAAGAGCUUGGAAGGUUCGUUAGUGAAGGAACCGGAUCCGUUAGACAUGUCGGAGGAGGCCAAGACCGAGAGAUGGUUCCGGCGAGUGGCUGACAUCAAGAACAUAUCGGAGCUGAGCCAGAUUCCUGACGAAGAUUUCCCUUCGAUAAUGCCGAUGAGGAAGGGAGUGAACAGGUUUGUUGUCAGCAAGAGGAAAACGCCGUUGGAACGGCGUUUGGCAUCUCAACAGCACCGGAGAAAUUUUCCGGCCACCGACUCUGAUUCUCCGGUGACCCGAGACUCGUGAUUUUUGUCCCUCGUAGCGAGGCCGUAUCACAUGAUCAAGCACUUUUCUGAGUGAGCUUUAUUAAAUUAUUAUUAUCUGGAUAACAAAAAAAAGUAUUUUUUUAACUUCUAAAGAGAUCUCUUCCCAG